AUACGUAUCUUUUCAUUUACUUAUAAAUACUGGACUUCACUUAACUUCUAAUGCAUUCACCAAAGAUCUACGCUAUAAACUAUUUAGGUUUUAGACAGCCUUACUGCAUACUCAAUGGAGUUUAAUCUCUUCCGUUUCUUUGCACUUCUUUCAGUAGCAUUUGUGGCAAGUCACGCAGCUCGAACUUUUGAAGAUUACUGGAGAUCAGUUUUGCCAGACACUCCGAUGCCUAAAUCCAUUAGUGGACUUCUUCAAUCUCCUGAUCAGCACACCGGCAAAGGUGACAUAGUAGUCAAGUCGGAGAACAAAGGAAAGCCUGUUUACGUUGGAGUCAAUCCGGUCCUAAGCCCCUUCGACUAUCUUUAUGCUGCCUCUGUAAAUCAGCUUCAUAGUAAUCCCAAUGUAGCCCUCUUUUUCUUAGAAGAAGAUUUACUCCAAGGAGCCGACAUGAAUCUACAUUUUACCAAGUCCACUACUCCAACACAUUUCUUGCCUCAAAACAUUGCGGACUCGAUCCCAUUCUCGUCCAUUAAACUACCAGAAAUACUAAGUAAAUUUUCCAUAAAACAGAACACAUUAGAAUCAGAAACAAUAAAGAACACAAUCAGUGAAUGUGAAGCGCCAGGAAUCAAAGGCGAAGAGAAGUACUGUGCAACGUCACUGGAGAAAAUGAUCGAGUUCACCACUUCUAGAUUGGGGAAAAAAGUGAAGGCACUGUCUACAGAUGUUGAAAAAGAGAGUGAAAUGCAGAAGUAUAGAAUUCUUGGAUCAGAAAAAUUGGGAGAAAAGGUCGUGGUUUGUCACAAGCAAAACUACGCAUAUGCUGUGUUUUAUUGCCACAAAACAAACAACGUUAAGGCAUAUACAGUUUUCCUUGUUGGAAAUGAUGGAACAAAAGCGAAAGCAGCAGCUAUUUGCCACACAGAUACUUCCUCUUGGAAUCCUAAACAUUUGGCGUUUCAGGCGCUCAAUGUUAAGCCCGGAACUGCUCCAGUUUGCCAUUUUCUUCCUGAGGAUCAUCUCGUUUGGGUUCCAUAUUAAAUAUUUCUGCUUGAAAUAGUUAUAUACUUAUAUGUGAUGUGUUAUAAGCUUUCCUUUUAAACUGUUUAUGAUCUUGAAGUAAUGAAGCGCCAGCUGCUGCGUGAUCAUGUAAACCUUAUACAUGACGUUUGUCUGCACUUUUUAUGUGUAAGGAUUGUACUUAUAAGAACGGAUCCACGAUCCAUUCACUGGCUAUAAUAAUAUCAGUUCACGUAUUUAAUCA